AUGGAAACCACUCAACAAGAUCAAGAUUUAGGAAACAACAGAAACAGCAGUUACUUAUGUAGGCAGAGCAGUAGCAGGUGGACACCCACAAGUGAUCAGAUCAGAAUUCUCAAAGAACUUUACUACAACAAUGGAAUCAGAUCACCGACUGCUGACCAGAUUCAGAGAAUAGCUGCUCGUCUCAGACACUAUGGUAAAAUCGAAGGCAAAAAUGUGUUUUAUUGGUUUCAGAACCAUAAAGCUCGUGAAAGACAGAAGAAACGGUUUAUUCCUACGCCGGCACCUCCUCCUCCUUCCACCACCACCGCCACCACCCUCCUCCCAUCUCCAUUUUCCGAUCAUCACCACCACAUGCAUAUUCAAUCUCAUCACCCAACCCAUUUCUAUAACCAACAAAACCACAAGCUAUACACCACUCAUCACAUCUCCCCACCUGAGGCUGGUUCUUCUUCUUCACAAGGAUUCAUGCCUGUUGGCUGCAGCUAUGGAUCUGUCGCCAUGGAAAAAAGUUUCAGGGAGUGUUCGAUAUCACCUGGAGAGAGCAGGGUCGCCGGAGGAACAGACCAUGAUUUCCGGUCAUGGGUGGGCGUUGAUUCGUAUUCUUUGGACAAGACCAAGCCGGAGUACGAAAUCCCAGAGGAAGACGACGACGGUGGAGGAGGAGGAGGAGAGCUGUCAACCCAGAUUGAGACGCUUCCACUCUUCCCAAUCCACGGUGGCACCACGACCACGACCACGACCACCACCGGCGGCAACCACCAUGAUAUCUUUAACGUGAAAGCGGCUGUGGAUUCAUCGUCGGAGCAUAGCAAUGGAGGUUAUUAUACCGGCGGAAACUGGUUUCGGUCGGACGGCCGGACUUCACUUGAACUGAGCCUCAACUCAUAUGGAUAUUAUAACUGA